CGAGCGUAAUUUUCAAAAACGCGAAGUAGAUUCGCGAAGUUGAUGUUACGGUCAAAGUUGCAGAAGUAACAAAUGCAAAUUUACGAGAUUUUACUUUAAAUUCUACAAUGAGAUAUCGAAAUCGAUUAGUAUUAAAUUAUGUAUGUCAUAGACAUGGAAAAGACGCGAUUCCUUUAUUACGAAUAAAUGUAAACAUGAUCUUCGUACGAGACUGUAACAUCGAGAUCCAUUAAAAAUCAUACCAUUUUCACAACUGGGGACUGUAACUUUGACUGAGAUUAAACGACUCGCGACUCUAUUUACGUGAAUCCAUGAAAGUAGAGUGCCGUGUACCGUUGAAACGAGCACUAUCGCUGCACGUACCUUCUUUGUCUGUGACUUCGAGCCUUUGCGUACGAAACUCGCAUCUUCGGCCCUUCGUACCCCUCUCUCUUUCGCCAAGAAAGGGAACGAAGCGUGUACGAAAACGAAAAAAAAAAAAAAACAAAAGUACGAAAAAAGAUGCAAAAAAGUAAAGAAACACACGACACACCCCGCUCCCGCCAGCCCCGCCGAACACGAGCCAACCGGAGGCAACCAUUGAACGAUAUACCGUUGUCACUUUAUCACAUAGUAUGAGCUGCGUGAUAAAGAGAAAAUACCGAGUACGAGAAUGGGGUGAAUUAUCGCGGGGUUCCAACGCCACUCUCGAACCACGAGCUAUCGCGAAAGCACCUGAAGGAGAGGGAUGUCCUCGCUGCGGAGGGUAUGUCUAUGCCGCCGAGCAAAUGUUGGCCCGAGGAAGGGCUUACCAUAAAAUGUGCUUCAAGUGCAAAAUGUGUCGUCGAAAUCUGGACUCGACGCUUCAUUGCGAUGGUCCCGACCGCGAGAUAUACUGUCGAGCUUGCUAUCCGAAGAAAUUCGGUCCGCGGGGUGUCGGCCACGCCGGGAUUAUGUGGAACGGAUUGCAGUGCGAUAUUGAGGACGAGGGCGAUGCGGCUCCUCGCACCACCGUGAUCGACACCGCGAUAAUCAAGGCCCCGCCAGGCAAGGGCUGUCCUCGUUGCGGUGGCGUCGUCUUCGCCGCCGAGCAGGUGCUCGCCAAGGGUCGUGAAUGGCACCGAAAAUGCUACAAGUGUCACGAUUGCACCAAAACCCUGGACUCGAUCAUCGCCUGCGAUGGCCCGGACCGGGACGUUUAUUGCAAGACCUGUUAUGGGAAGAAGUGGGGACCGCACGGAUACGGAUUCGCAUGCGGCUCGGGAUUCCUCCAGACCGACGGGCUCACGGAGGAAGAAAUUUCAGCCAAUCGACCUUUCUACAAUCCUGAUACGACCUCGAUUAAGGCGCCAGCUGGGCAGGGUUGUCCCCGUUGUGGUGGCAUGGUGUUUGCUGCAGAACAACAGCUUGCCAAGGGCACCAUGUGGCACAAGAAGUGCUUCAAUUGUGCCGAGUGUCAUCGGCCCUUGGACUCUAUGCUGGCAUGCGAUGGUCCCGAUAAAGAAAUUCAUUGUCGCGCGUGUUACGGAAAACUCUUCGGGCCCAAAGGUUUCGGGUUCGGCCACAAGCCGACUCUCGUCUCGACAAACGGAGAUCAUGCUCCCUCAUACAUCGAUGCUAAACCCCAAGUCGGUCAGAAGCGAAAUGACGGAAAUGGCUGCUCACGCUGCGGCUAUCCGGUGUACGCCGCCGAGCAGAUGAUCUCGAAGAAUCGCGUAUGGCAUAAGCGAUGCUUCAGUUGCGGCGAGUGCCAUCGUUCCUUGGAUUCGACGAAUCUAAACGACGGUCCGGAUGGGGAUAUCUACUGCCGCGGCUGUUAUGGCCGGAAAUUUGGGCCCAAAGGUGUGGGCUUCGGAAUAGGCGCGGGCACCCUCACGAUGGCCUAAUUGUCACCAGCACCCCUACAUACCGUUUGAGGAGAAUCCUCGCAUCCAGUCAUAUAUAUUAAUGUAAAUACAUAUAUAUAAAUAUAUAUAUAUAUAUAUUUAUAUAUAUAUUUAUAUAUAGGAAGGUCUUUGACUGUGUAUCUUCGACAACAGACGAACGCGCGCUGCUCCGGGAAUUUCGAUUUCUCCUUUUCUUUCGACGAUUCGAUGAUUUCGAUGACUAUGCUUUCAUUAUUGCGAACGCGAUCGAUGAAAUGCGAAGAAUGGUGACGUGAGCUCAUAAUUGAGCGUAAACGAUAAGCCACUGCAGAUUGUUGAUGUUAUCGCGAUAUAAUAUAUUGCACACAUUGAUUAUAUUAUAAAUAAAUUAUUUAUUGGAUAAUAAUUUCUAUCUGUGAUAUAUGAAUCAAGGAAAAGAAUUGAAUGUCAUUUUAAUAAUAAUAUGAUUCCUGCAGACAUAUAUACACACAUACACAU